GGUGCUAUUGGGUACAUGAAAAAUGGACGUUGUCUGUUUCCUGUGCGGAACUUCACUUCCAACAAAAUAGCAACCGGUGGCAUUUGUUGUGUAGAGAACCGAUUAAUUCAUCAAUCAAAAAACGUGCUCUCUCCCCAUUUCUUGCUAUUACUUUCCUCUUCAUUCAUCCCUCUACUUUUCUUCUUCUCUACACAAAUUCUUUUAUCAUAUCAUCUGCAAGUUUAUUGAGUUGCAAGAAAUUAUAAACAUAAAGAUUUUUCUCUUUUAAUCCGCUUUUUCCUCAGCAAGAAUUCAAGAUUUAGUGUCAGAUAGUGAUCUACAAAGAAAUUUCAUGACUGGUAUUUUUUUUUUUUUAUGAUUCAUAUUAUGCAUGUGAAAUUUAGAAAAAGCUGGCGGUGAAUAAGGAAAAAAGUUUGUUUUGCUUGAAUUAAUCGAUUUCAUUGUUGGUUUUUUAUAUUAAGAAGAUCAAGAAUAGAGUAAACUUAGAAGAGAUUCAAGAUUUGUUGUGUUCAUAGAGAAUGAGAGCGUAAAAAAGGCGAUAAGCAAUGGAUUUUUGGCCGGAGUUUCUUGCGAGUAGUUGGGGCAGAGAGUUUGUUGCGGGUGGUUUUGGUGGGAUUGCAGGUAUAGUUUCAGGUUAUCCUCUUGAUACUCUACGCAUCAGGCUGCAGCAGAGUUCUAAUUCCGGCUCCGCCUUGAGCAUUCUUCGCCGUGUUGUCUCUACGGAUGGGCCUUCUGCACUCUACCGAGGCAUGGCUGCACCUCUUGCAUCAGUCACCUUUCAGAAUGCUAUGGUUUUCCAGAUAUACGCUAUCCUUUCGCGAGCAUUCGACUCCUCUGUUUCAGCCAAUGACCCUCCUUCUUACAAAGGUGUUGCUCUUGGAGGAAUAGGCACCGGAGCUCUGCAGAGCAUGAUGCUUACUCCUGUCGAACUGGUGAAAAUCCGCCUUCAGUUACAUGACAAAAGUCGGACAAAACAACAUCACUUAGAUUGCCACAAAGGUCCAAUAAGCGUUGCGAAAACCAUAUUCAGAACAGAAGGUUUACGAGGAAUGUAUCGAGGCCUAACAAUCACUAUCCUCAGAGAUGCGCCCUCUCAUGGCUUUUACUUCUGGACAUACGAAUACAUGAGAGAACAGCUUCACCCUGGUGUCAGAAAAAAUGGUCAAGAAAGCUUAAAAACAAUGCUGGUAGCAGGCGGACUAGCAGGAGUGGCGAGUUGGGUCUGCUGUUAUCCGUUGGACGUUAUUAAAACUAGAAUACAAUCUCAAACUCCGUCUUCCUCCCCAAAGUACAACGGGAUUGUAGAUUGUUUUCGGAGAAGCGUUAGCGACGAGGGUUACAAGGUGCUGUGGCGCGGGUUGGGAACUGCUGUUGCAAGAGCUUUCGUUGUGAAUGGAGCAAUCUUUUCUGCUUAUGAGAUUGCUUUAAGAUGUUUAUUCAGUAAUGGAAGCAUUCAAACAGAGAACAUAAUCUAGGAGGUAGUAAUUUUUCAUCUGCAGCAAUAUAUUCAAAACAUAUUCCAAUUUAGAUGCCCUUUUAAAGGGUUCAACCAAUAAGUUGCUAUUCAAAACACAAGGCUCAACAUCAAAUGAAGAACAAGUAUAAUUUUUAUUAGUUUCAUGCAAGUAUUUCAACACAA